GCUAUUUGGUUUGUCACUGCAACAAUAUACAAAAGACAACGAUGGCAGCUUCUGGACAUAGUAACGCACAAUGAUGUUUUGUCAAGCAAGGUUUGUCGUGCUACUUACACUUCACUGCUUCGUUCUUUAAAUUUUUUCACGCUUGUACGAUGCUUAUGUGAAUGCACUUUCACUCAGCUUGCCUCUAAAACACCGUCCUUGUGUUGCCCAUUUUCAGUGCACAAAAACAUAAAGGAAAUCUGAAAAUUCCCAGCGGCGCCUCGCAUCUUGAACCCUUUUCCUGUCUUGUCUUUAUCACACGAAAAACGAGCAACAUGAAGAUCUCUGGAAAUACCUUUAUCGUAACAGGAGGCGCUAGCGGACUGGGCGAAGCUGCCGUUAGAAAGCUUGUGAAGGAGGGAGGCAACGCAGUGAUUAUCGAUGUCAACGUUGAUGGUGCUGAGAAGAUUGCUCAAGAACUCGGUACUGACCGAGUGCUCGCUCCUGGAAAAGUGGAUGUUACUGAAGAGGAACCAGUAAAGAAGGCUUUAGAGUUGGCUUUAGAGCAGUUUGGAUCUUUGGCCGGUGCAGUCAUAUGCCAUGGUGUUCUCGGUGCUCCACCGUCCGUAACUGGUUACGGACCUGGCAACGCUCUCACCAGCUAUGAACAGAUGAAGUUUGUGGCCGGCAUCAACUUCCUUGGCGUAUACAAUGUCGCUCAAAAAGUAGCUGAAAUUCUCAUUAAGCAAGAGCCUUUGGCUGAAGAUGGUGAACGCGGUGCAAUCAUUCUGAUCUCAUCCAUAGCGGGCUUGGAUGGAAGUCUCGUAUCAUAUGGAACUACAAAAUCUGCGGUUGCUGGAAUGAUUCUUCCAUUCGCUCGUGAAGUAGCACCGUUUGGAGUCCGCGUCAUGGGUAUUGCACCAGGUGUCUUCCAGACUCCUAUGACACAGGUCCUAACUGAUAACCAAGACGCAGCCAACUCUCUUCUGCAAAUGUUCCCUAGAAGAAUGGGUCAGCCUCUGGAGUUUGCUGACUUGGUCGCUUUCAUCUUUGAAACACCAAUGCUCAACGGCAGUCUUAUUCGAAUUGAUGCAGGCGUUAGACUUCAGGUGUAAAGUGAAGAACUAGUCUUAUUGAGAAAGUGAUCAAAGUAUUCAUGACGGGGGCUGAGUUGAGCUCCAAAAAUAAACAGUACAUUGCAUAAAUCAGUUCA